AAACUCUUGCAGCCUUUCACAUAUAUUAUGCAAGUGCCAGGCAAGCAAAUCAGAGCUAAACUAGCUCAUGCAUUUAAUUAUUGGUUGAAAAUUCCAUCAGACAAAUUGGCUGUUAUUGGAGACAUAGUGCAGAUGUUGCAUAACUCUAGUCUCUUAACUGAUGAUAUCCAAGAUAAUUCAGUCUUGAGACGUGGUAUACCCGUGGCUCAUUCAAUCUAUGGUGUUGCUAGUACAAUCAAUGCUGCAAAUUACAUGUCAUUUGUUGCAUUAGAACGAACCCUGAGCCUAGGACAUCCAAUGGCUACCACUGUAUACACUGAACAGGUGUUAGAACUUCACCGAGGUCAAGGAAUGGAAAUUUAUUGGCGGGAUAAUUAUACAUGUCCAACUGAAGAUGAAUACAAAAAAAUGACAAUCAGAAAGACUGGCGGUUUAUUUAUGCUUGCUAUCAGACUUAUGCAGUUAUUCAGCGACAGUACUAAUGACUUCACAAAACUUACUGGAAUAUUAGGAUUGUAUUUUCAGAUUCGAGAUGAUUAUUGUAACUUGUGUUUGCAAGAAUAUUCUGAAAACAAGAGCUAUUGUGAAGAUUUAACAGAAGGAAAGUUCAGUUUCCCUAUUAUACAUGCAAUACAUACUCGCCCUGAAGACAAACAAGUGAUUCACAUUUUGCGACAGCGAACAAGAAAUGUUGAUGUGAAAAAGUACUGUGUGAAGUUGUUGGAUAAUUAUGGUUCGUUUGAACAUACAAGGAAGGUGUUGACACAAUUAGAUGCAGAUGCUCGCAAGGAAGUGGAAAAUCUUGGUGGCAAUCCAUUGAUGAUUAAAAUAUUAGACGGACUUAGAACCUGGUCAUAUAAUUUUGAUGAAAAGACAAACAAUUAACUGUUUUAUUUUAAUAUUUUAAUUUCAAUUUCCACCAUGACCAACACUUUUGUGAAGUAGUUUUGUUUAGGUGAACUGUCAUUUUUUUAGUUAUGUAUUAAAUAUUUUGUCUUACCAAAUUAUGACAAAUGUAAUGGGGACCCCUUUUUUUAAAUUUAAUAAUCAUUAGUAGAGUUUAUUAUAAUUGAAAUGUUGCUGUACUCUGUCAACCAAAUUUUAUUAAAUAAUUUAAAUCCUAUUGGCCUUAUCAUUAAUCUUGAAAAAGUUCUUAAUUUUUUUUUUUUUGAUUUUAAUAUUGUUAUGUGGCAAUCAAUGACUGUAAACAAAAAUAAAAAAUAGGCCAUAAUAAAACACAUUUGGCCAGUUUAAUAUCUAAGUACUUAAGUAUAAAAUAUUGCCAAGUAUCAAUGUUCAAGCAUUUUAGCAGAGUAUAAUAAUUAUAUAUAGUCUUCCAAUUGAAUAUAUUAUAUAUAUAUAAAAAAAACGUAAACAUUGUAAUUUUUGUACUUCAAUGCUAUUAUUUGAUAUUUAAUAUUAAUUUUUCACUUUUUUAAACCAUCAUUAAAUUUCUUUUAUAUUAUAUUAUUUUGCUUACCUAAUCUUAUAAAACCAAUCUGCUCAUGGCUGUUUUUGUCAAACGUCUUUGCUAAUUAGUACCUAAGAUAUACCAAUUGUUUCUAAUUUUAAGUACUUAUAAACAUAUGUAUGAAAGUAAUGAAUAGAUACAUAUUAGUGAGAUAUUAAUUUAUAAUUAACAUUAUGUUUUAUGUAUGUGUAAAUGUUGUAUACGUUUAAAAAUUAGUUACAGAAAAUAAAUAUCACUUGAUUAAAAUUGA